AUGGCCUGGUACGAUGAGGAUAGUUGGCUCACCCACGCCUUGUCGCCAAAGCCGUCGACGAUUUUCAUCUCGCUUGCCAUUGCCAUCCUCCUGCCUAUCCUGCUGCACUCUUUCCUGUACAGGAAGGCGGCCAGCGCGACCGGCCUGCCCACGUUCCUGCUCGUGGGGCCGAGUGGCGGGGGAAAGACGGCCUUCACAACGCUGACUGAGCGCGGCACUGUCCCCACAACACACACCUCCACCACACCCCUCUCUAUCGAAGCCCUCCUCCCAGACCCUCACGUCCCCGCAUCCUCCCGCUACCGCUCCCCCGGCGAUCCAGCCUUUGAGCGUUCGCGACGCUUCAUUAUUCUCGACACGCCCGGCCACGGCAAGCUACGCAACUUCGCUACCUCCGCCCUCGCCGACCCCAAGAAUGUCCGCGCUAUCAUCUUCGUUGUUGACGCAGCUGCCAUCGCUGAAGAAGCCGGCCUGAACGAGGCCGCAGAGUACUUGCACGAUGUGCUACUGAGUCUGCAGAAGCGCUACACCAAUGCAAAGACGAGCAAGGGGCCGAAGGAGAUCCCUGUCCUGAUUGCCGCAAACAAGAUGGAUUUGUUCACCGCCGAGCCGGCCAACUUGGUGAAGAUCAAGCUUGAAAAGGCCCUCUCUGAGGUCAGGAACAACAGGGCCAAGGCGCUCAGGGAUGCAGGUGCUGCGCUCAGUGGUGGCGAUGACGACGUCGAUGAAGAGAAGGAGUGGCUUGGUGAGGGUGGAGAGGGCAGCUUCGAGUUUGACCAAAUGAGGGAGAUCGGCACAACAGUGCAUGUCGUGGGCGGUAACGUUAGCCAGGGCAAAAACGCCGGCGAUGUUGCUGGAUGGUGGUCGUGGAUUGGUGAGCACUUGUGA